AUGAGUAUUAAAAGAGGCUUCGGUGACGUCGAGGCGCCGGCGCCAGUGGCGGGCGCGCCGGGCCGCAAGUGGUCCGCACGCACAGCGACGCAUGCGCAAGACACAUCCACUGACAACGCCGCUCCUCUCAACAACAGCAGUGACGCUUGCAAGCUGCUCGUCUACAUCGGUGAUGCCAAGAACCCAAUAUGGCGUAUUUCCCUAUGCGGGGGUAACGCUGCGGGUAUAGCAGCGAGGGCUGGUACCAAGCUGCUGCCGCCGAAGAUCAGAAUCGUGUGGAAUCCGCCAACGACUCUUUACCAUCAUACAGAGAAGCUCCGUCUUGUGGUCACUGCUGUUAAUAGCGGAGCGGUUUGCAACAACGACUCCCAGUUUGUAUGCGGUGUGACCAGCUUAUGCAUAUCUUCGUACCUAGUAUGCGAUGGCAUCAAACAUUGUCCCGGGGGUGAGGAUGAGGAUGCGAGCGCUUGUUCGCACCGCCGGGAUCCCCCACUCCUCGAGCUGCUACGGCGCUUCGCCGCCAGGAACCAGGAGCUGUUGGGCCUAGACCAACCGGACACUAUGACCAAGCCUUCAGUAAUUAUGAAGAUCUCUGAGGGCGAGCAGAAGUCCAACGCGUUCAUGGAGUUCGCGGCGGCGCUGAAGCCGUACGGACCGUGGAGCUACCUCGUGGUGGGCAUGCUUGUCUGCGCUACCAUACUCAUGUUCUGUCUCGCUUGGGAAUGCUGCUGCAAGCGGUCCAAGCCGUCAGACACGCCGGUGAACAUGCCUGCGUCGUGCAUCGACCUGUCGCCGACGGUGUCCGUGACCGCGGCGUCGCAGCAGCUGUUCACGCCCCCCGCGCCCCCCUCCCCGCCGGAGUACGAGCCGCCCCCCUCGUACUCCUCGUUGUUCCCGCGCGCCUUCAAGUCUUCCCCCACUCCGGUGCCGCAUUGCUCACACCAAGAACCGCCCGAUUGA